AUGAGACCCAUUUGGUGGAUCGCACCCAACGAUCCCAAAGCCUUUCUAAUUGACGAUCAAUUCCUCGUCGGUAAUGAUCUACUCGUAGCGCCCGUUACCACAGAUAAGGCCCGAAAACGAGAUAUUUAUUUACCUUCAGGUGAAUGGAAAGACCAGAGAGGAGUGGUUCACACCGGACCACAAACUCUCACUGAUUUCAAGGCUGAGUUAAACGAAUUGCCAUAUUUUACCAGAAAUAAUUAA